AUGAAAACAGGAGCUCAGAGGGACUUGAUAGAUCAGCUGCUUCACAAGCAAGUUGUUGCUGAAACGGGUGCUGCACCCAGCAUGUGCCUGAAUUUCAAGGACCCCGAGGCGGUGCGAGCUCUGACGUGCACCCUCCUGAAGGAGGAUUUUGGGCUUACGAUUGACAUUCCCGUGGAGAGGCUUAUUCCAACCGUUCCCUUGAGGCUGAACUACAUCCACUGGGUGGAGGAUCUCAUCGGCCACCAGGGUGCUGACCAGCAAGUCCUUCGGCGGGGCAUUGACAUAGGGACUGGGGCAUCUUGCAUAUACCCAUUACUAGGAGCAACUUUGAAUGGCUGGUAUUUUCUUGCAACAGAAGUGGAUGACAUGUGCUUCAAUUAUGCCAAGAAGAACGUGGAGCAGAAUAACUUGUCUGAUCUUAUAAAAGUGGUUAAGGUACCACAGAAGACUCUUCUAAUGGAUGCACUGAAGGAGGAAUCUGAGAUAGUUUAUGAUUUUUGCAUGUGUAACCCCCCCUUUUUUGCCAACCAGUUGGAAGCAAAGGGAGUAAAUUCUCGAAAUCCACGGCGUCCCCCUCCCAGUUCUGUAAAUACAGGAGGAAUUACAGAAAUCAUGGCUGAGGGGGGAGAACUAGAAUUUGUCAAAAGAAUAAUUCAUGAUAGUCUACAACUUAAAAAAAGGUUACGAUGGUACAGUUGCAUGUUGGGGAAGAAAUGCAGUUUAGCACCAUUGAAAGAAGAACUACGGAUCCAGGGGGUUCCUAAAGUUACUCAUACUGAAUUCUGUCAAGGACGCACCAUGAGAUGGGCACUGGCAUGGAGCUUCUAUGAUGAUGUACAAGUACCUUCACCUCCCUCUAAAAGAAGAAAAUUAGAAAAACCACGAAAACCAAUUACAUUUAUGGUCUUGGAUUCUACAGUUAAAGAAUUAGCUGUCAAAGCUGCAGAUAUGGGCUGGGAUGCUGUAGAAGCUAUUGCUGUGGUUAGAGCCUGGGUAGAGAAGAUUCUCACUGAUCGGAAGGUUCAGCAUAAACGUGUUCCCUGUGGAAAAGACGAAGUUAGCCUGUUUGUGACUGCCAUUGAAAACUCCUGGAUUCAUUUGAGGAGAAAGAAGCGAGAAAGAGUAAGGCAGUUGAGAGAACUUCCUCGAGCUUCUGAAGAUGUUCUGCAAGCAAUGGAAGAGGUAAAAAACAGCCAGGAGAGUGUGAGCAACAAUUCAGACUGUGAUAACCUCAAGACUGAAGACUCCAAAAUGGAGUUUAUGGCACCUGAUGGGGAUGUCCGCUUGACCACAGGUGACGAGCUAAUGGAAGAAUCUGCUACCAAAGAAGAACACAGGGAGCAAGUGAAAGAGGAGGAGACAGAGGCAAAUCAGGGAGAAACAUCACUUGGCAAUGGUUCUGGUAAUGCAGAGGAGGAACCUUGCCCUUCAGGGGAAGCUAGCGAUUUGACAGAUGAAAAAGAACAGGGUCCCAAGGAAACUAGUAGAUGUUUUCUCUUUAAGUGUUUAAUGAAUGUGAAGAAAGAAGGAAGCGAUGUAUUAGUAGAAAUGCAUUGGGUUGAAGGACAGAACAGAGACUUGAUGAACCAGCUCUGCACGUACUUACGGAACCAAAUUCUUCGGCUGGUUGGUAGUUAG